AUGCCUAUUCGUAUACAAAACAACUCAACUAGUGAUAACGUAUCAGCAACAUUAAUUGAUCAAAAACUCGAAUCAAAUUAUCCGUCCGUAUUAUUUGAUGAUUUUUUCUCUUCAGCAGUGAAAACAAUGACAACUAUUGAUGAAUGUUCAACAGCUUUAUCUUCUUUAUCAACAACAACAGUAGAUAAAACUAACAACAACAAUUAUAUCUUAACCGACUCGGAAUUAGCUGCUAUGUUCAUUUCAAUAACAACUCCCGAUGCAGAUAAUCAAAAAACUACUCACGAUACAUCUGAUAAUACCCUGGAUGAUGUAUUUUUACAAACAGUUACGGAUCUAGCUUGUUGUUCUUCUUCAACAACAUCGAUUCAUGACGAACAAACCCAACAACAAUCUUUAUUAAACAAUUUUUCAUCAUCAUUAUUCAAACAAGCACUACCGCUAUCAGAUGCAUCCGUCCUUGGUCCACCGCCUGGAUUUCCUCCACUUCAAACUUUGAACGAGCGUUCAUGUUCAAUUAACACUGGGCAAAUCAAUUCAAUUUCAUCAUCAACAUCUUCACUAUCAUCUCUAUCCAUACCGACAACUUCCACUUCAUCAACAGCCGAGGCAAAUCACACAUCAGAUACACUUAGAAGUCAGUUAUUAAUGCCCGCUAGCAAUAAUUCAAUUGAAUAUUUAUCUUCGUCUUCAUCAUCUCAUUCUUUGAAUGAACAAUCAACUUUUUUUUCAAAUUUAAAUUAUUCGCUCCCUGCAGCAAGUCAGAUGAACACUAUUGCUACUACUAGUACUACCACUACUACUACAACUUGUCUUUCAAAUUUUUCACUAUUAUAUGAUAAUGAAAAUAAUCUACUGUAUCCAUUUAACAACAACGAUAAUAACGUUAUUGAUAAUAGAACGCCACAACCAAGUAAUACAACUUCAGAAAAAACUGAUUAUCGUUUAACAGAUGAUUCGAAAAUUGUAACUGAUGAAGUUGUCAUACAAUUGCCGCUAGGUAAGACAAUUUUUCGACGGUUAUUGUAUAUUGACAUCUACUUUCUUUCUUUCUACAUUUAAAAGCUUCUUUUAUGACUCAGUUAAAUGUAAACUGUAAGAACAGUAGUGUGGAGUUCUUUAUCCAGAACCUGGAAUGUCUAUGACAUUCUGAACCUUUCAUAAUUCAGUUUUUCGACGUAGCAUGAAAAUAUGACGCACAUCUUAAGUCAUCGUUUGAGGUCUGUUUUUCCAGUCUUAUUAUGGUGAUUGCACACUAAAAAUGAAACGUUA